AUGCCCAAAUUAGCAUUUCUCAAUCCAGAAGAUACGAGGGUAACUAGGAAGCCUUCUAAAUCCUCGCUUCGGCCGACCUCUGCAUUGUCGCAGCAGACUGAUGGUAAGUGAAUAAUACAUAUAUGAGCGAUAGAAGACCAUCUCUCAUUGGUCAGAAAUUGUUUUCUGGGGCUCUUAAUUAAAUAAAAAUGGUUUGAUUAUUUUAUUUUUCCAAUAGUUGAAGAUAUUGCUUGCCAGAGGCGUGUUGUCUUUAUUGAGCCUCACGAAGAGCCAAAACAGACUACCAAAGACGAUGCAACGUCAGAUCCAUCCAAUUCCGAAAGUUGCGACCACAACUGGCAACCUUGCCAUGCAAAUAUUUCACUAUCUACUUGUUCCCAAAGCGGACGGAUCAAGUCGAUGAAGGUAACUUCAGUUUCGAAUAUUCCGUUCGUGGUGAAUAUAAAGAUCCGCUUAUGUAAAUCGUGAAUGUCCUUCACGCAGAAGAUGGCAAAGAAAGGCUGUCGAUGUAGAUUUCACUACACUCCUUGACAAAAAACUGAAAUUCUCAAAAAAUGAGAAUUAUUUUCAGCACUGUCGAUUACAUCGAUAUAUAUAAUAUUUUGAGUAUUUCCGCAAAAAGUUACUACAGAUACUAUUUUACAUUACUACUCGCAAUUAGUUGAUUUUACUAGUAAAUUUACGUAUUCACAAAUUUUAUUACGUCCGGGCCUUAUUUUUACAAAAAUAUUCUUUCUGGGGAAAAAUAUUUUUUAUUAUGGGAGAAAAGUAUAGACCCCAAUAUUAAUACGAUGACUUUAGUGUAGUUGAUCGAUGAAUCCUUGGCCGAGCAUGUAUUUCAUAUAGAUCCUGGUAAAGCGGGAUUAUUCCCGUUAAUCCAAUUGGAUAAGAAGACAAAUCAUCGGAAUAUAUUGUACCAGCAGAAACCUACAGUAUUCCAACACAUGGCCAAGUAUUUUUUUUAUUUUUUUAUUUAACUCGCUGAAUAUGGAUGCAUUUGAAAGAAACAAAUACCAUUUUGUAGAGAAUUAUUACUGUUAUCUAAUAUGUAGUGUAGCCAUUGUUCAAAUCCAUCCGCAUUGAACGAGUUACACAAAAAACAAAAAAAUUGACAGUUUUUUUGGCAGCUACUGUAUGUAGAUGUUCAGGUUUCAUCAUAAAAUGGGGAUUCGACAUCUUCUUCUGGUCCUCAUUCUGGUAUUAUAUUCAGUUAUUGGUGGAGUCCUAUUUUUCUUGAUUGAAAAAGAUGCGGAAUAUGUAAUUGUGAAGGAUAAUAUCAAGAAAUUGAAUGCUUUGACUGAGAAGAUGACUUUCACUUUAUAUCGGAUACUCCAGAUCGAAAAUACGAAUGAAAGUGUCAGAGAAAGUGUAAAGUUUUGCAUACGGUAGGUUACUUUUCCUUUAUUGUGAAUUCCUUAGAGAUUACUACCAAAGAAUGCUGAAAGUUGAGGGGAUAUUGAUUGGUUCCGCAUUCCAAUACGAUAAUUUGGAAGAGAAAUUGAGCUGGAAUUACGGGAGUGCCAUCUUCUACUCGAUCACCCUCUUUACUUCCAUCGGUUAUGGCACGAUGGCUUGUCGCACUGAAGUUGGAAAGGCCUUCACAAUCGCUUAUUCGGUUCUGGGAAUCCCCUUAAUGUUAAUGGUACUCAGCGAUGUGGGUCAGGUCAUCUUGAGAUGGCUGACAUUUGCUUAUAAUGGGACUAGAAGACUUUAUUUGUAAGUAAUCUCUCCAGUUAGCUACUCAAAAUACAGAAAAUACUGGCAAGAAGAAGAUCGCCUCCCUUAUCACGGCAACGAGUCCCUCCAAAGCUGGGAUUCUGAUGAAUCUUUUGAACAGAAAUCCUUCCCAAUGCAGCUGGCCAUUCCAAUCAUCUUCAUUUAUAUGGCUUUAUGUGCUCUGAUCAUCAGUAUUUUCGAUGUGAAUGAUGGCGACGCACCCGGGAUCUCGUUCUGGAAUGCUUUUUAUUACACUUUUAUCUCGAUCAGCACCAUCGGAUUGGGAGACGUGGUCCCGAAUAACAUCCAGUACUCUCCUUUCAUCGCCCUGAUGUUCCUCUUUGGCCUCGCUCUUCUCAGUGUUGUUAAUAGUACUGUUUAUACAAGACUUCAGAAGCGAUUCCUUAUCUCGAUGACCAUGUUGGAGAGUUGGUUGGAGAGUUUAAAUUAUCAUCGGCACGGCAGAGAAGGUUACAUGGUUUUCAAGGCAUUGGGACCCAAUAUUCAAGUAUCUGAAUACCCUUUUAUUUUCAGAUGACUUUUUUACAUUAGUUUGAAUCAUAACUCCUGUGUUUUAGCUACUGGCGUUGGCCUUACCUCUGUUUGAUAACGAGAAUGAGGACAAAAUAGAGAAAAUGUUGGAGCCAGAGAACACAAACCUUGGGAAGAAGUUAUUUGGACGAUCGGAGAGACCAAGCAGAUCCCGGUCUCUCCUGGAAGAAAACAUUAAUCGAUUUAAACCCACCUUGGGGGUCUUUAAUAUGAAUCCUACGAAGCCACGCAGAGAUAGAUCGUAUACUGUAGCAGGGAAUGUAAACCCAAGUUUUGAAAGAUCCCGUUUAGAGUCUCAUCUAAAAUACGAACAAAGAGAACGGAGGAGUAACAGUGAACGGGGCAGAGAUGACUUCACACUUAAACAACUCAAACCAAGGACAAAAAGCGACUUUAUAGUUGGAUAA